CGGGGGACCUGGCGGUGCGGACGCCUGGCGCUGGGAUGCGGGAGCGGACGCCAGAGCCUGAGAGCAGCUGGAGACUCGCGCGCUAGCGGGGCCGGCCGGCGAGGGGUGCCAGGCGGCGACAGGUUUCUCCGUGCGGGUGCGCGAUGCAGCGAGCGGCGGCGUUGGUCCGGCGGGGCUGCUGCCCCCGGACCCCGGGCCCCUGGGGCCGAUGUCUGAGCAGCGCGGCCGCCGAGGCCCCGGCGGUGCUCCAAGUGCGGCCCGAGCGGAGCCCGCGCGAGCGCAUCCUGACGCUCGAGUCCAAACCGCGGGUGAAGGCGGUGGAGUACCCGGUGCGGGGACCCAUCGUGCUCAAGGCGGGCGAGAUCGAGCUGGAGCUGCAGAAGGGCAUCAAGAAGCCGUUCACCGAGGUCAUCCGUGCCAACAUCGGGGACGCCCAGGCCAUGGGCCAGCAGCCAAUCACCUUCCUCCGCCAGGUGAGCGGGCCCUCGGAGGCCGAGGCCGGCGGGGCUUACAGCGCCAGCCAGGGCGUUAACUGCAUCCGGGAGGACGUGGCUGCCUACAUCACCCGGCGAGACGGCGGCGUGCCUGCGGACCCCGACAACAUCUACCUGACCACCGGCGCGAGCGACGGCAUCACUGUCCUCUCCGAGCUGGGCGCCGUGCAGGUCAACUACUACCUGGACGAGGACAACUGCUGGGCCCUGAACGUGCAGGAGCUGCGGCGGGCCGUGCGGGAGGCCAAGGAGCACUGUGACCCCAAGGUGCUGUGCAUCAUCAACCCCGGGAACCCCACAGGUGUGGCUGCUCCUCCUUCCUUACGUGGGGUUCGUGUGGCCCGCGUCCUCUGCUUCUGGAAGGUUCCGGGGGCCGCGCUGCUGGUCCCGGAAAGCAGCCGAGCUCGCCCUGUCCCGCAGGUGUACCAGGACAACGUGUACUCCGCCGACUGCAGGUUCCACUCCUUCAAGAAGGUGCUGUCGGAGAUGGGGCCCGAGUUCUCCAGCAACGUGGAGCUCGCCUCCUUCCACUCCACCUCCAAGGGCUACAUGGGCGAGUGCGGCUACCGGGGAGGCUACAUGGAGGUGAUCAACCUGCACCCCGAGAUCAAAGGCCAGCUGGUGAAGCUGCUGUCGGUGCGCCUGUGCCCGCCCGUGUCAGGGCAGGCCGCCAUGGACAUCAUGGUGAACCCGCCGGUGCCCGGGGAGGAGUCCUUCGAGCAGUUCCUCAGGGAGAAAGAGUCCGUCCUGAGUAACCUGGCCGAGAAAGCGAAGCUGACAGAAGACCUGUUCAACCAAGUCCCGGGGAUCCGCUGCAACCCCCUGCAGGGCGCCAUGUACGCCUUCCCCCGGAUCGUCCUGCCCCCCAGAGCCGUGGAGGCCGCGCAGGCCCACAACAUGGCCCCCGACAUGUUCUACUGCAUGAAGCUCCUGGAGGAGACGGGCGUCUGCGUGGUGCCCGGCAGCGGCUUCGGGCAGCGGGAAGGCACCUACCACUUCAGGAUGACCAUCCUCCCUCCUGUGGAGAAGCUGAAGACGGUGCUGCAGAGGGUGAAGGACUUCCACAUCCAGUUCCUCGGGGAGUUCGCCUGAGGCCCCCACUGAACCCCUCCCAGCGACCUGCCUCAGGCCCCGCCCAGGCCACCGUCGCUGUCACCGCCAUCCUGCCCCAGGAGGCCUCCUUCUUGUGCCUUGAUGUGGGGAGCACGUCUCUCCCGAGCCGAUGUGAACGGGGAUGUCCCAGAAACCCUGUUUCUCUUCUUGUUUUUUGAUGCAACCAAAGUUGAGGGGACGUGGCCCGCCCGUGGGGGGCGCGUCUGGACCUGCUGCCGCCGCCGCUGCUCCCGGGGCUCAUCGGGGUGAGAGGCUGCUCCGAGGAACAAGAGGCUGAAAGUGCAGGGCUGAACCCCGGGGAGGACUGGACAUCCCAACCGCCACGUGAUCUGUGAAAUAAAACCCUUGGUGCAGAACCCAGCCCCCAGCGGGGGCCCGGAGUCCACUGCAGGCUCAGUGGGGCGCCCCCUUCUGGCCGGAGGCAGACAGUGCGUCUCAGUGCAGGGGUGCAGGGGUUGAGGGGAUGCGGGCGGGUGGUGGUGGGUACCGUUUUCCUUGUGUCCUGCAGGGGAUGAGUGGGUGUGAGCCAGGUGACCAGGCCCCCAGGGAACAAGGACUCCGUGCACCCACGAGGCUUUGGGGGUGACGGGUUGGCUGGGACCUGGGACAGGGGUACAGCCCAGCGCUAUCCCGCUAUCCCAGUCGUGUGUGGGCAGUGGCCUGGUGGUGAGUGGAUCCAUCCUGCUUUUCCCCAACAAUGGUUAGCUCUCCCAGGGCCCGGUUGAGCCUUGACACACAGCACCCUCUGCUGGCGAGAGCAGGAACAGUGAGACAGUGGCCUGGUCCUAGUGCCCGAGGGGCCUCCUCGAGGACUGGCCAGUCACCCCGUCUCCACAGCAUCCGCUGAGCCCUUGCAAACUGCGUUUGGCCCACUCCCUGCCCAUGAACUGGCCGACGCGCCUGCCGUGCAGUCGAAGUGAAGUGCAUAAAAGUGCUUCACUUCCCGCUGCGUUUGCCUCCACACCUGCUGCUGGCUGCCCUCCCGACAGCCAGGGGGCCGCAGCACCUGUCACCUCCCCAGGCUGGGGGUGGGGCACCCCCGCUUGCCGCAGCCUCCCUGGCUUAGCACACCUGGCCGGGGCCCCACCACCCUCCAGAGGGAGCAGGCGUGCCCCCUCCCACCCUGCCUCCCCAGGGGGCAGGGAGGGAGCCCAAAGGCCAGCACAGGCGUCUGGGGACCCAGCACGUCCCAAGGGGAAAAGGAAGCAGCUGGAUUGAGAAUCUGAGCUUGGAAAGCAGCCUCCGGGGCUCCAGUUUCCAGGGCGAACUCCCUGCAGCCCCCCGAGAAAAAGGCGGCCACAGCCUCGAGGAACAGGGUCUCUGGGAACUCGGCCUUCUUCAAAAAGCUCCACGUUGCCGGGGCUCUGGCAUGGUCCGGAACCAGGAUGAGCAGAGGCGGGUCUAUUUUUUAUAUUUUUGUAACAAGUGCUUUUUUCAUGGGCGGAGGGAGGGCUGGUAUUUGUAGUCUUCACAAGCCCAGUAGUUUUUUUAUAUAUAUCUCUUCGGAUUCUGAGUAACCCCUGACGUCUUUGCAAUGUUUACAUGGUUUUUAACGAUGCCGCCGCCACGUACACUUGGUUUGCCUGUCGACAGUGAAUGCAGGCCUAGCCAGGGGCGCGGGGUGGGAGCGCCGGUCACGGUCACGCACGAUCUCGUCUCCUACAGCUUCCAUCCUGGUGUCUGGUUUGGGCGCCACCAGAGAGAGACAUUGGCCAUUUGGGGCCACACUGUAAAUCCACACCCGUGAGGCUUUCUGUCCAUUUAGACCCGCAAGUGGGGGGCCUGGGGGCCGGGCUGCGCGUCCCCAGGUAUGGAUUUGCGGGAGGGGCGACAGGCCUGUCUGCCCCCGUUCCAGUCUGGAUUCUCACAGGCGUCUCCUGAGCAAGGCACUGAGGACGAGAGCUCUGCUGGGAAUUUCAAAAUAAAACACUUUGUGUCAAAAACGG